AUGAUAAUUGACUGGGUGGCCAAAAGCCUCUGCAACUUGCAGGCCGGUCUUGGUUUUCACUGGUUCGAAGCCCCUGCCCACCCAUGGUACGAGGACAGGUACUUCUACGAGCAGAUUUCAGGUGACGGGACCUAUCCAAUUUGCGGUAAACGAACUGCCCCCGACCAAUAUGUUUUCAAUACGACAGCAAAACAACUGCUAUAUGAGCUUCAACUUGCAACCCCCAGAACUAAUGGGCUUUUCGCCGCAGCAAGAAAGGACGCCUCUGGUGGUGGUGGUAGUGGUAGUGGUGGUUCCGCCUUUGCGGUGGCACAAUGUAUUGAAACAAUCGACGACACUGGGUGUCAGGCAUGUUUGACAAUAACUUACAGAAACAUACUGGGUUGUUUAUCAAAAUCUGCAGCUGGAAGAGCUAUUGCCCCAGGUUGCUUCAUGAGAUACUCAAACAAACGCUUUUUUCCGAGUAACCAGACAACUAAUCUAGCAGCCUUCCUAGAAACAGGGAGUUCAUCAGGAAAAAAGAAAGCUAUUAUUGCAGGUGUAGUGGGUGGUGUGGGAAUCAUAUUGGUAUUAGCAGCCAUUUUUCUUUAUCUAAGAUCAAAAAACACAAAAGCAGCAAGAAGAGGCAAUAUUUUGGGGGCAACUCAGUUGAGAGGUCCAGAGAACUACAGAUAUAAAGAUUUGAAAGCCGCAACAAAAGGUUUCAGCGCAGAAAAUAAACUCGGCCAAGGAGGUUUUGGUGAUGUAUACAAGGGCACACUAAAGAACGGGGAUGUGGUUGCGGUGAAGAAACUAGCAAUGAUUUCCAAUAGAGCAAAGACAGACUUCGAAACCGAAGUUAGGCUUAUUACAAAUGUCCAUCAUCGCAAUCUCAUUCGCCUAUUGGGAUGUUCUGCCAAAGGAGAAGAGCUGCUAUUGGUUUAUGAAUACAUGGCAAAUGCCAGUCUUGACAGAUACAUAUAUGGAGAUAAACGAGGGAUGCUGAAUUGGAAGCAACGUGUUGAUAUAAUAUUGGGUACAGCUACGGGUCUUACCUAUCUGCAUGAGCAAUUCCAUGUAUGUAUCAUACACAGAGACAUAAAAUCCAGCAAUAUAUUACUAGAUGAUGACUUUCAGCCCAAAAUUGCUGAUUUUGGUCUGGCAAGGCUUUUACCUGAAAAUCAGAGCCAUGUUAGCACUAAAUUUGCAGGAACUUUGGGAUAUACAGCGCCAGAAUAUGCGCUUCAUGGCCACUUAUCAGAGAAAGUUGACAUCUACAGUUUUGGCAUCGUCAUCCUGGAAAUCAUUAGUGGUAGAAGGAGCAGUGACAUACGAGUUGAGCCUGUCACUGAGUAUCUCCUUGAACAAGCAUGGAAACUUUACGAGAACGGGGAACAUCUACGACUGGUGGAUAGCACUUUAGACCCCAAUGACUAUACAGCAGAAGAAGUGAAGAGAAUCUUGGAGAUUGCAUUGGUAUGCACCCAAUCACCUCCCAAUCUAAGGCCAAGCAUGUCGGAAAUGGUCAUCAUGCUUUCAAGUGAUCGUCCAAUAUUUCAAAACCAACCAAACAGGCCUACCGUUAUCUCUGAUUUGGGGAAUAGGGUACAGGUAGUUACGGACGCAUCAACCACCACAGCAUCAUCCGCUUCUCAUGCCACCGUUUCAAUUUCAGAUGUCUCAGGCCGCUAG